UUGCCUUACGAAGAAGACAUGUAAUCCGAAUUAUAAUUAUGAGACACGAGAGAUUUUAAAUUUGUCAACUUUUGUCUUCUAAAUUCUAUCAUCUCCAUCAUGAACAACGACAACACCAGUGAUAAUCCCGAUCCCGAUCGCCUGGUCCGUGUCUAUGCCGAUGGCAUCUAUGAUCUUUUCCAUUUCGGCCACUCUCGCUCCCUCGAACAAGCUAAGAAAUUGUUUCCCAAUACGUAUUUAGUUGUGGGGUGUUGCAAUGAUGAAACAACCCACAAGUACAAGGGUAAAACUGUUAUGGCCGAAGCAGAGCGCUAUGAAUCCCUUCGCCAUUGCAGGUGGGUUGACGAAGUCAUUCCCGAUGCACCAUGGGUUAUCAAUCAAGAAUUUCUUGAUAAACACAAUAUCGACUACGUGGCUCAUGAUUCGCUUCCCUACGCUGAUGCCAGUGGAGCCGCCAAUGAUGUGUAUGAGUUUGUUAAAGCUGCUGGGAAGUUCAAGGAAACUAAACGAACUGAUGGGAUUUCGACGUCAGAUAUAAUAAUGAGAAUUAUUAAAGAUUAUAACCAGUAUGUGAUACGUAACUUGGACCGUGGAUAUUCAAGGAAAGAUCUUGGAGUUAGCUACGUCAAGGAAAAGAGAUUGAGAGUGAACAUGAGACUGAAGAAACUACAUGAAAAAGUAAAGGAACACCAAGAAAAGGUGGGAGAAAAGAUACAAACUGUUGCUAUGCACCGCAAUGAGUGGGUGGGAAAUGCCGAUCGCUGGGUCGCUGGAUGUAACGAGUUGGUGGAAAAUGCUGAUCGGUGGGUUGCCGGAUUUCUUGAGAUGUUCGAAGAACGUUUCCACAAAAUGGGCACUGCAAUCAGAGAGCGAAUCCAGGAGCAUUUGGUGAGGCAGCAAUCAAGGGGUUCCACAUAUCUGUUGGAAAUCAGUGAUGAAGACGAGGAAUAUUAUUAUCACGACGAUGACGAUGUUGAUCACGACGAUGACAAUGAUAAUGAGAAAUACUAUGACGAGGAUGAAUAUUACGACCAGAAAGACGAGAAAAAUAAAAGUGAGAAGAAAAGAGAGAAGCAACGGCAU